UGGGUUUGGUUGUAGCCCUCGGUGAUCCGCCGGGUAUGUUUGAAUCGAAAAUGAAAAGAGCUGGCUUGUGCUCCGAAGACUCGGAUUGUUUCCUUCUGAGUAGAUAACGAUUGAAAGGCGUCUCCUUGGCAACCGCAGCCUCUGCGAUUUCGACGGUGGCCGACCGCGUCAACGCAGUCGGAUCCGUACAACUUUGUGGCAGCUUCAUACGCUCUCUUCGCUCCGGAUCGCGUCCUUUAAGCCAUGGACGUCUCGACGUACUUGUGGUUUUUGUCGCUUUGCACGUGCCUGGCGCACGGGAAACCCACUCUCAGGAAAGAAAGAGUUCACCACGAGCCAGAGCUGAGCAGACAGCCCCACGAAGAUAACCAGAGCUAUCAAUACGACCACGAGGCCUUUCUGGGCAAAGAGGAGGCCACCACAUUCGAUCAGCUCACCCCAGAGGAAAGCAAAGCCAGAUUGGGGAAAAUAGUUGAACGCAUUGACAGCGACGCUAACGGCUAUAUUACCACCGAUGAACUCAAGGCCUGGAUCAAGAGAGUGCAGAAGCGUUACGUCUACGAGAACGUCGCAAAGGUCUGGUCCGACUAUGACCUGAACAAAGACAACAGGAUCUCGUGGGACGAAUAUAAGCAAGCGACUUACGGUUACUACCUCGCCAAUCCGGAAGAGUUCGAAGAUGCGACGGACCAGUUCAGCUUCAAGAAGAUGCUUCCGCGGGAUGAGCGCAGGUUUAAAGCUGCGGAUAUCAAUGGAGAUCUAGCUGCGGAGCGAGAGGAGUUCACUGCUUUCCUCCACCCCGAGGAGUUUGAGCACAUGCAGGAAAUUGUGGUUCUUGAAACUCUGGAGGACAUCGACAAGAAUGGAGAUGGUCAUGUAGAUGAGGACGAAUACAUCGCGGACAUGUUUGCUCACGAAGACGGCGGUCCGGAGCCGGACUGGGUCAGAACCGAGAGAGACCAGUUUUCAGAUUUCCGAGAUCUGAAUAAAGACGGGAAGAUGGAUUUGGAAGAGAUUCGUCACUGGAUCCUGCCGCAGGACUAUGACCACGCUCAGGCAGAGGCCCGGCAUCUGGUGUACGAGUCUGACACAGACAAGGACCAGAUGCUGACCAAAGAAGAGAUACUCGAGAACUGGAACAUGUUUGUGGGCAGCCAGGCCACCAACUACGGCGAAGACCUUACCAGGAACCACGACGAGUUGUGAGCCAGAGCGAAAGGCGUAGAACUCUUACCUGAGAACGCAGGUAUCCUGGUCCCGACCUCCGCGGCGUUCGUUCCAUCAGAAGCCGAACUGACUGAUGUAUUACGGCUCUACCUCACACACUGAGCAUAGAGGAAUCACUGACUGAUGGCUGUAGUCCCUAACUGUGUGGUUGAGGAACUCUUCUGUCCUGGUUGAAGGAGCUGCUACAGAUUUCUUCAGCCGAAGCUGAGCCUUUUAACUCAAACUUUUUUCUUUUUAGCGGUCUUACAAUGAUGCCUGUACUUUUACAAGCUGUGCCUAUUUUUGUCCGGUGUCAUUAAUUGGAACAAGCAUUCUAUUUAUUUAGAAUUUGAAUCUCAUUCAUUGAUGGAUUUUACUACGGAAAACACUACAAGUCAGUGUUUAAGUACAGUUACGCGUACUAGACGUGCAAUUAUGUUGUAGAUUAUUACAGAGUUCCCGUUGCUGGCCAAUAACGAGUGUUACAUGCUUUGAAAACUCAACUUCUAAACGCAGCCGCCUCUCAUGCAUUAUUUUUGUCUCUUUGCACAUGUCUAUUUUCUGCUCACAUCUGGUAAAAUUCUGCCCUAUUCAGACAGCGGCUAUAACUCAGGGGUUCUGUUGUUCGAUGAACCUAGAAUUCAUAUUUUGCCAUAUGAAUUAUAUUUGAUGACACGCGCAGGGUGUGAAGUGUGUGUGUGUGUAUACGGUUUAGUAUUUUUAAUUUUUUUUUUUUUUAUUCAGCAAUGAUGCAUUAAACUAUUCCAUGUCAUGGUAAAGACGAGCAUAAAACACUAAAAAUGAUAACAUUACUGUUGUUACUGUACUUUUGAUCAAAUAAAUGACUACCCUCCUAAAAAAUGAAUGGGUUAGGGUUAUGGUUAAGUGUUAGUUAAUAGUUUAUACACCUGCUGUUGCCAUUUUGACGACCCGUGUUUACGCUCAUGCAAUUCAUUAGGGAUCUUCGAGGUGGUGUCUUAAUUUCCAAGCAGUCAAUUUCUCAAUUAUAAACCUUUGUUAUUUCUAAAAUCUGUAAACGCAUACCUCUGCAUAGAGUCAGGUACAGUACCUCAGCGUGGCUUGGACGCCUAGCAGUGAUCAAAAAUUUUAUAUCAAUAUUUUUAUGUAUUUUUAUCAACUCCUCCUUGCAAACUCGGCGAUAUCAAUUUGAGAGGAAGAUAUAUUCCUGCACACCCAGGUGUCUGUCUAGAAACAGCAGGGCUUUUUGCCUGGAGUUUCUUUACAAGUGUGUUUGUCAUUCAUCUGAAGUGAUCCGAUGGUCAAACACUCUUUACAGUUAUUUCUAAGAAUCUUGUCAGACAUUCAACAAAUUAAAUAAUAAAACAAGAUUUGGCUUUCUUUUA